GUCAGGCGCAAGUCGAGGUCAGUCGCAGUCACGCUGGUAAAGUUGGUUCCUUAUUCUAUGCGCUGGUCGCUAUGCUGCUCGCGCCGAGGUUAUAGAGGCUGAAAGCUGUACCGAGCCCUGUGUGAUGCUUCGUUCAUCUUUAUUUCAGUUCAAUACUUCCUGCAUUAAUGACGUACCGCGUAACAAGUGCUGGAAAGCUCUGGAAGUACUGGCCAAAGCCCCGUUGUGCACAGCUAAAAGAUUUUGCUGUGCAGUGUCGACGCACAAACUCGUCGGUGAAGACGGACAAAAUGACGAGAGUAAGGAAAACAACUGUGUGUACCAAACUGGCGACUUUCCCGACCUGGCGCAUGACAGGAAAUCGAAGGAAAGAUUGCGGCUACUGCUGCGGCAGCAUACACUAAGGCUUAAACAUGGACUACGAGCACCACAGGAAUUGUCCCCUCAGGAUGUGCUUGAUUUGCUUGCAUUGAGCUCGUUUCGUAAGAGAUGCCGCCUGUUUGAAUAUCUAUUCUACAAAGAACAAAAGCGUUUGCGCCAGCACCGACGAGAAGUGAACUGUUCAGCAUCACUGACGGAGGACAUACCAUCUUUCAAGAGGGAAUUUUUGCCGCACACAGCUGAUCGUAUUGAAGACUAUGGCCUUUUCAGGAAUAGUUUUCUCAUCCGUAUCCGAUGGAGUACCAUAAACAGAUAUUACGAGUCAAGGCAAAUACCAGCAAUACUGUUUGGCCAGAGUGUUGUGUUCGAUCUAGGUUACGACGGCGUAAUGUCUCUGAGAGAAUGCAACAAAGCCGCCAGAGACCUGCUUGAGGCGUACGGGUGGAACAGAUGCAGUAGCGAUCCGUUUCACCUGCAUUUUUGUAAUGCAUCUCCAAACGGAGCUACUGCGCGAAUCUUGCAGGACGAGCUGUUCGCAGCAUCUGAACAUACAGUGUUGUCGGAGAUUACACCAAGCAGCUACUUGGACAUGUUUCCAAAAGAAAAGCUUGUGUAUCUAACCCCAGACAGCGAAAACACAUUGGAUGUCUUUGAUUACGAUGCAGUAUACGUAAUCGGAGCGCUCGUAGAUAAAGAGACUAAGGAAGGUGCUACUCGCGCCAAGGCAACUUCUGAAGGCUUGAAGACUGCACGGUUUCCACAGACGUUUACUUGGCACUGGGAGAAAGAAGUAUCAAAACCGCUGCACAUGACGGAUGUUUUCAAGGUCUUGCUGGCUCUAAAGCGAACAAACAGCUGGAAAUAUGCGUUAAAGUACUUGAACUCUAAGGUGACUGUUCUGCAAGAAUCGAGUAGCAUUUGUGUUCCAACUACUCCAUAGUGCCAAACCCAAGGGAUUGCAUAGUUUCUAGCUGCAAUAUUGAAGUGACGUUUUAAGCAGUGUUCUGAGCAGUGCAGUGUUGCCCUUGUGCAGAGUUCGUUUUGGAACUGAAAUAUGAAAGCAAAGCUGGAAUUGUCAGUAGCUGUGUCAGGCAAACAUAAUUUGAAUCAAACUUCAUGAAUAACUUGUAUAAUUAUUUUCUUGACAGUUUUGGGAACCAAAGUGUUUUUUCCCCAAAUAUAGUGUACUGCUAAUUAUGUGGCAUUGGUUCAUUUCAACUUGCUUUUAAUUCAGCCUUGUACAAAAGUUACCAAGAUUUGCUUAAGCAUUUUGGAGACUGCUCUUUCAAUCUGAACCAAUUCUGCAUCUGCCAUUGGAGUUUGCAUAUUGGAGUCUGUAUGCAAUUUUGCAUUUGCUAUAGUAGUAUAUAUUGGAGUUGAAUUCAAAGAGGUUGACUGUAUCUCCUCUGAGCAUAGGACUGCAUUAUUUUUGGCAGGCUGCAAGAUGUAAUACCUCAUGCUGGCAGAGUUUACAUGAGCCUUCUUAAUCAUGAUGCUCAUUAGCCUGUUCCAGCUGUACUAUUCCAUGACAGUGGUUCAACUACCUAACACUUGGAGUGCAGAGCAACUUGGAGCCAUUAACAGAAUGAACCUGAUGUGCUUGAUUUGAGACUGUAAUAUAUUGCUGGCUGAGUGACCAAAACAGUCAACUGCCAAUGUAGCUCCUUCAGUAGUACACUCAUUACAGCUUGCAUAGCUGUUCCGACAUCAAUGCACAUUUGCUUUCCAUUUCAUUUCAGUGCCAAAUUCCAGCAUUCGGAAAUGAAAUAUUUCAUUAUCGUGAGCUGCUACUUACUGUGCAAUCAUUCUGAUGAAUUGGAAAGGGCCAACACCUGAAUGUUACAUGCAUGCAUCAAAAAAAGAAAAAAAUCAGUACAGUGAUUUUAAUUGACAGUAGGUCAAUUGUGACUGUUUCAAGCCUACAAACCUAGCUUUGAUACAUAGCUAGCUCAACACUGUUGCAUAGCUAAAUUUGCAACAUUGGAAAGCUUCCUGAGCAAUAUUUGUUGAACAGUAGAUGAAGUCACUUCUAAAAUCUGCAUAAUAAGACUGCAGUGUUUAUGUGUAGCAUUCCAGCUGCAUGUGCAGCUCAUGUUUUAGACGUCGAAUUCCAGAGCAGCUGAUGUGCGUAGUGUGUAAGCAGUUGUGCUCUCUUUGUUUUUAUCAUGUUCUCUUGCUCAUACCUCGAGUGUCCUGCCAAAAUAGCUGCCACACUGAUAUAGAGGCUAUGGUGUUCUACUGCUGACCAUAAGCCCGUGGGUUCAACUCCCAGCCACAUUCCAAGGGGAAUGUUAUGCAGCAAGGCUUGUGUGCUGUGCUGUGGACGUACUCGAAAGAACUCCAGGUCAUCAAAAUUAAUUCCGAGUCCUCCAAUAUGGCAACUUUUGUAGCCCAUUUGAUUCUUCGAGACAUUCACUCUUAAAACAUAUGCACUCUUUGGGGUGUAUAUUUGUCCCACAACAAUGAUUGUCAUCUGCCUUGCAUGCGCACCUUUCUUGAAAACGCUGUGCUCGCUACUUUCCUGUCGAGAAUGCUGUCACGCUGAUAACACGUAUGCCGUUUGCGACUUGGAGCACCAAGCUCGCAGCAUUAAAGAAAGAAAAUGCGAGCAAUACGGAUGACGAUUAUUGUUGUGGGACAAGAUAUGCCUGAAAGGGUGCAAACUUUUUAAGUGUUAAGUGGAACAAAUGAAUUAGUCAGUCAGAAUCCUGGCUGCUCAUGUGACUUGCAUUCUUAGCUGUUUGAAUGCCAUGAGUAAAGUGAAAACAGGUGGUCUAGAGAUGCAGUGCUUUGCCUAUUAGCUGUUUGACUGCACAGUUUUUUUCCCGGCUGCUCCUCAGCCCCUGCCAUUUUUCUUUGCAUGUUGGUUUAGUCACAUUUGUGCUACAUAGAAGCUGGUGUUUUGUUGUCUCUUUCUGUCAUUUCAGUAUCUGAGAACAGAAUAUAAUUUCCUUCAUUUAUCAUAGUCUGGUUGGACAGGCCUGUCACAGUGUUCAUGGACGUGGCUGCCCUUACAAUAUUCAGUCCCGGCUGUUCCUUUCUCUGUGUUAGUUUAGCGGACAUUUCAUGCUACAUAGAAACUGGUUCUCUGUCAUUGGUUUUUCCCGAGUCAUAAUUCAUCAACGUUUCCUAAUUUCUUCGCCUGUCAUAGUGUGAAGUGGCCUGACAACACUGUUUUGCUACUUCUUCAGUACUGAGACAGAGUGACAGAGCACCAAGACAUUUGUGCCACCUGCUGUGAGAAAUUUACCUUUCAAGUGUUAUAUGUGUUUAGAUGACCUCCCAUAGACAGCCGAACAUGUAUGCAGUGUUCUUUCUUUAUAAGAGUUGCUUCUGGAAAGGCAGGGAGAUCACUGAAAUCACAAAACAAGUAUACUCAUAAGUGGCAGGGACUGUGCAUGAGUGGGUACCCGAGUUAUCUCGGGAUUGACAGUGAAAUGGUUAACGUAAUGCUGAGAAUCCAGGAGAAAGCAUCUAACAUGGUUUGUACAACAACCUAUAAAAGGCCACUCUGAAGAGAGAUUUCAAGUAAUUAAACAUACAGCUUACUUGACAUUGUGAAUGCGACCACUACUUUGGCCUUUGCAAAACUCGGAACUCCAAUUCCAUAUUCUGCUCAGGCUGAAUUCAAAGUUGCCUUACAUAGGGGGGACUCGGUGAAAGAAAUGUUUUGAAGCACUGGCCAGAUUUUAGCAAAAUUUAAGACAUAUUUACACCAUUACUAUAAACCUCUGUGCCAUAUUUCUUUAUUUCGGUUCAAUUUAUAACUGGUACAAAUGUUAGUCAUAGUGCUUGCUUGGAAAAACUAUCAAAUUAAUGGAGUGCGUGCGAAGUUGCAGUGCCUUAAGUUGUCUAAGGACAGCGCACAUUGUGUUGAAUGUGGAGGCUUUUUUAUACUGUAUCCUUUUUACCACUCCUUCAAUUACACCAAUUUUUUUCUCCUUCCACUCUGCUUAAAACAUUAUUUAGAAAAUGUUAUAAAGAGAUCUGAGCCGGCAGUUGCCUUCCCAAAUAAAUUGUGGCCCAUAAGCCAUCUUGACAUAGGUAAAUAUUGUGUAAUAGAAACUAUAGUUCUUUUAAAUUCAUACUUGGAUGGCAAGAUGCAAAAUGAGAAAAACGAGUUUUAGUUUUGUUUCACUUGCAGCGACUAUGUUUCUUGAAAAAUACCAUUAGCACAUUUUAGGUCACUGUCUUAAACUGUGCAUUUCUGCUGAGCAUUAUCUUCGAGCUUUGUGUAUUUCAAGGCAUAUACUGUAUUCAACUUGCAAAGGUGGCACAUGAGCACAUCCACCAACUUUAUCUGAUGAUGCACAAGGAAGUUGUCCUUGCAGCAUUACAUUUGCCAUUAGAGCCAAAAAGUAAUGCUGAUAUCGUGACAAAAUUAAAUUCUGGCAACAGUCUCUGGCAUGUCCAGAGUUCAGAGCUUCAUGUUUUUACAUAUGUUAUAAAUAAAAUGGUAAGCAUACAGUCAGCCAUUGCUGCUUGCAGGAUCAUUCAAGUCACUAUAGCUGGGCGGGCUUUUCAUUAAGCUCAGCAAGUGUUCGUCACCUCACAUUUGGUGUAGCAGAAAAUUGUGUUUCGAGAUCUCUCUCUAGCAACAUUAAAAAGAUUUGGCGUUUCCAAUGGCAGGCUCGAAUAGUGUCCAAGGCACACCUAGUGGCUCAUUGUUGCUUGAUAUUGUGAAAUGGUGUGGCCUUCCAGUCAAAAUGUUGGUAUCGCUUAUGGCUACGUCUUUUUUCAGCCACUUGACAGUUCUCAUGUCUUUAUGUUAGUCUCUUGGCAAGUUUGAAAGGUUGUGACACAAGCUCUUGACAAUAGUUGAUAUGCACUGCUAUAGUCAUUCCUCACUGUGCAAGUUGAACAUAUCAGUUAUUUUGACUGGUGCCAUUCAAGUGAUGCCAGUGAGUGAGUGAAAGUUGCUGGUUUUCUAAAGAAGCAAUGCAAAUAGUAUUUUGCUAACGUAAUUUUGACUGUUAACUGAAAACCACAGCAAUCUGACAAGGUGUCUUUUAAUCCACUGUCUCCUCUUAAGUCUAUCCCAGCAGAGAUAUUUUUCUUACGACUAGGUGCAAGAUGCUGUCAGUAUCCAGUUUCCCAAAUACUGCCUUUAUACCUAGUAGUGCCAGCUGAUGGUUGGUUCAAGUGACACUGCAAAAGAUGGAUCAUGACAUAAGUAUAAGGGUGAACACAAACAUUUACCUACUCGAUACAAACUUACUACUGAAUUUACUAAGCUUUAAGCUAAGUAAAUUGAGGAUUGACUGCAAUAUGGAUUGAACAUUUUCUCACUAAAAGAACAAAGUUCGUUACCGCUAACAAUUGCAAUUAUUCAGAUUCUCCUGUAACUUAUUGUGUGCCUCGGGGCUCUGUAUUGCACCCUCUUUUGUGACUCAUUUACAUAAAUGGCCUGCCUAAUACUAUUUUAUCCUCGGAAUAUCUCAUUAAUGGCAGUGUUUUAGAAAAUGUUUCACGCUAUAAAUAUCUUGGCAUUAAAUUUACCUCUGACCUUUCAUGGUAGACUUAUGUCAAUUACAUAAACAACAAUGCCAAUCGCAUGCUUGGCUAUCUGUGCAGAAACUUUUCCAAGGCACCUUCCCCUCUAAAACUCCUUUGCAAAACUCUUGUUGGUUCUAAGCUCGAGCAUGCCAAUUCUGCGUGGGCAUUGACAUUCUUAUUCAUACUUUGGAAUGUGUCCAAAAUUGGAGCGCAUGUUUCAUUCCUUCAGAUUAUGCACGCACAUCUAGUGUACCAUUUAUAAAAACAGCUUUAGGCCUUCCACCUCUUUGUUCACACGGAAGCUGUCUCGCUUAGUUCUUUUUCAUAAAGUCUAUCGCAAUCUGCAAUUAAAACAUGAUCUUUCAAAGCCAUCCUAUGUAUCCGACAGAUUUGAUUACCAACACAAAGUACAUGUUGCUUUCUCUCAUACAAAGUUACGUUACAAUUCUUUUAUUCCAACUACCUCAAAUGACUGGAACCACCUACCCACAUCUAUUGCCGAACUGACUGAUGUAAUUGCAUUUAAAGCUGUAGCUGAAUGUUAUUUAUACUCUUGGCAGCCGCAUUAUUUUUGUUCUUCACUGUGCAUAAUUGUUCCCCACUCCCUUCUUUAACGCCUUCGGGCCUUGAAGGUAUUGAAAUGAAUAAAUAAGUCAACACCGCAGGAGCUUGAAUGUUGCUGUCACUCACCACUUUGCCAUGUACAGCACCAGAUACAGCUGGUUCCUUCAUUGGUACAAUACACAACCCUCGUAAAUGCCUUUAAACCCUGACCCUGCGGUUCAUGCUGUGCUGUUCGAGUCAUUUGCAAAUACCCCUCACCUCAUUUGCCUUCAUCACAUGGUGUAAUUUGCAAUUUCCCAACUUGUGCACUGGCAGAUUAGUAAAUUUCCAGUGACUAGUUGAUUUACCUUUUUCAGUGACUUUGUUCACUAAUAAUGUGUUCAAACAGUGUACCUGCAUAUAAUAAAAUCAGGGUCAUGGUUCCACUUGCUGUACCUUUCGGUCCAACCUACAAGGUCCUCUCACUUAUCUUAGGUUUAUACUCAUGGACAGCAAAGCGGUUACUGUUUGGAGGCAAUAUUGUUCAUAAGUUUUCAGUCCAUUAAAUUGAGGCUAUGGUUAUCAGUUGGCAGAUGGUUUCAGAUCAGCUGGUUUACAGUUGGAGUGAUUUCCUUUCAUUAUGAAGGCCGUGGACAGAUAUACAUAUACAAUAAUAUGGCUCUGUAGUGGAAGUUAUGACUAGUGUCAGCCAAUAAGGAACGCAUUCAUUUGAAUGCAUGUGUCCCAGAAUAUUCCUUGCUCUCUCUGGAGCACAGCCUUGAGUGCAGUCUUGAAUGCUCGAAGCACGGCUUGUAGCUUCAACUCUAGUGCGAAAUUAUAGUGAAACAAGUGGCCGACACAUGCAUGGAGGCAAGUAAUGUUUUUUUCAAAGCGAAGCUUUCCAUGCCUCUUCCUUCAACUUUUCCACUGCUGCUGCUGCUGCCUGGCACACCACAUCAGGGGGUGGUUCAAAGUAUGUGUAUACACGACAGGAGCGUUGCAAAGAGGAAAGGCGAUGUGAGCAACUCGUUUGGACCUUUGCACCAUGUCAAAUGUGCACAAUGCCCUUUGGAGCUCCCUGGGAGUAACCACAUUAGCCUCCUGACAGCUGUAAUUAUCCAUGACCCCCCACAAAAGCACUGUAGAAAUUGCAGUGUUUACCUUUUUACUAACAUGCAAGUCCAGAGGGAAGCUACAUAGAAUAGUGGAGAAGAGGGGGAAGAGGAAGCAGAGAACAGUUAGAACUGCUGCUGUCGCGGAAUGAGUGAACAGCCUUGCCACUCUUCGCUCGCAGUUCCCAUACGGUGGGGGGGGGGGUGAGAUAGUAAGGAAACGCUACUACUAAAGACAUGACAGCGGCCGCAGGCAAGCAGGACUAAUUUAAGUUCAAGGUAUGGUACGGUACAUUUCUGCUAUUUCUGAAAAAUAAGCACCAUGCAAAUACAUUAAGUGAACAACUUACACAGGGCAACAGAAGCAUAGCCACAUUAAAGCACACUGUAGGGUCUAGGAGACACUAUAGAAGCGGCCACACGUCAAAUCAACACUUCUGUGCCUGCCGCGAUAGCAUUGCGGCAAUGGCAUUGCUCAAGGUCGUGGGUUUGAUCCCGACCGCAGCAGCAGUAUUUCAAAGGCGGGGAGAUAAAAAACCCUCGUGCACUUAGAUUUAGGGCCAUCUUAAAGAACACCACAAAUUCAGAAUCAAUCCAGAGUCUGCCACUACGGUGUGCCUUAUAAUGCGAUUGUGGUUUUGGCAUGUACAGCCCCAUAAUAAAGUUUAAUAUUUUUGC